AUUUCAAUAUUUUGACGAAAUAUUUAGUAUAUAUUUUUCAGUGUAUAUUAUAAAACGUAUAUACAUAAUAUAUUCUGCAGUGUAUAUAAUUUGUAUACGAAUUUAUAUAAGAAAUAUAAAUAUAUAUUUAAAUAUUAAUUUUAUAUAUUUUUUUCUUUGCUGCUCAGUGUUACACUUCAUGUUCUUUUGCUGUAGGAACACUUUGGUGCCCUCUAGUGGCAAAAGUGCGCCAAGCAUCGGGGUGGGUGUUACUGUAAAUGUGGUUAUGCACAAUAUGAAGUAAAUACAGCGCCACGCAUAGUUUUUAGUCCAUCAAAUUUGUAUUCAUCAACAAUCUAACAACAUAUUAAAAAUAUACAAAAUGUAUAUAUGUGUAUAUACAGUAACAUCCUUGUGAAUAUAAACACAAGAUCAUCCAACCGUAUACUAAUACCACCCUUAGAAGUACUAUCGAUCCACUCACGUUUGAUCAUUGUCGAUAGAUAGCUAGAUGAGAAUAAAGUCGUUUAGAAUGAUAUAUAUGAUAUAAAUUGCCAAACGCUCUGUCACUUCCGUGCUACCCGGAAGCUGAAGGGUUAAACGACAGAAAGGGAGGGGGACCGGUAAGAGAGACAAUUAUCCAACAUGGCUAACAGCAAAGCACCGUCAUUGACUUUAUAAAUAAAAGCUUUUACAACAACCGCAACUUGUAUAAUUAUACUUAUUUUCCUCUAUAGCAACAAUUUAGACGUAUAAUGAUACUACGAACAUUUCAAAAAUUUAUAUGUUAUACAUUUUUGAUCAAUUUAACGUACGUUACAUGGGGAUUGGCGAUUGGUUGAUUUUAAUGUGAAAAGCCAGUACUGGUAUGUUCCGGUGAAUGAUAAGGAACUUGAUAAGGGUUGAAAGCCGCAGCAUCGUUUUGUCGCUUCGGGAGCUUUGAAGCAAAGAAGGCUUGACUAUUACACAAGAUUUUUUAUUUUAUUACAUUUCAAUUUCGCUCUUUUUGAAGAGAAUUAGUGUUUUUUGAAGACUUGGAAUCCGUACCGGAGGUGUCAGGGUGGUGCAGUCACCACCGAAAGACCGCAAUGCUGCGUUGAUAUUGUGCUUUUUGACACCGGGGGAUGACGUACGGGUCGGGGUUCUUCUCAGGUGGAUUCAAGGGCUGAUUUUCCGGGGGGCGAUGCAGCUCGGCUGGUGCUUGGCUGCAGGUGCAUGGCCGACCUGACGUCACAGCCUGUCUGAAACCGAGCUCGCAGAACCGCCCCGCCGCCUCGCAUUGAAAGUAUGCUUCCAGGGGUCGGCGUGUUCGGAACCAGCCUGACCGCCAGGGUCAUCAUCCCCCUGCUGAAGAAGGAGGGCUUCGCGGUGAAGGCGCUGUGGGGCCGCACGCAGGAGGAAGCGGAGGAGCUCGCCAAGGAGAUGAACGUCCCGUUUUACACCAACCGCAUCGACGACGUGCUGCUGCACCAGGAUGUGGAUCUGGUGUGCAUCAACCUUCCUCCGCCUCUGACGCGGCAGAUCGCGGUUAAGACCUUAGGUAUUGGAAAGAACGUGAUCUGUGACCGGACAGCCACUCCGUUGGAUGCCUUCCGCAUGAUGUCUGCAGCUCAGUACUACCCCAAGUUGCUGAGCAUUAUGGGAAAUGUCUUGCGUUUCUUGCCGGCCUUUGUUCGAAUGAAGGAGCUGUUGGAGGAAGGUUACGUAGGGGAGCUUCUGGUUUGUGAGGCACAGGUCCACAGUGGCAGUCUGCUGGGCAAGAAAUACAACUGGAGCUGUGAUGACCUCAUGGGAGGCGGCGGCCUGCACUCUGUGGGUAGUUACAUCAUCGACCUGCUCACCUUCCUGACGGGCCAACGCGCGUCCAAAGUCCACGGCUUCCUCAAGACCUUCGUCAAACAGACGGACCACAUCCGAGGCAUCCGCCAGAUCACCAGCGACGACUUCUGCACCUUCCAGAUGGUGCUGGAAGGCGGAGCCUGCUGCACCGUCACGCUCAACUUCAACGUCCCUGGAGAGUUUAGGCAAGAAGUGAUCGUCGUGGGUACCGUCGGGAGGCUAACGGUCACGGGGGCCGACUUGUACGGACAGAAGAACAACGGAGGUGGGCGAAGCGGUGGAGGUCCGGAGCUCCUCUUAAAGGACACAACACCUCUGGAAAAGUCUUCCUUGCCAGAGAAAGCCUUCAGUGAUAUCCCUUCGCCGUAUCUCACUGGAAUGAUCCGAAUGAUCCAGGCUGUGAGGCUGGCCUUUCAGGACCAGGAUGAUCGGCGGACGUGGGACGGCAGGCCUCUCACGAUGGCCGCCACGUUUGAGGAUUGUCUUUAUGCUCUUUGCGUGGUGGAUACCAUCAAGAAAUCCAACCAGUGUGGAGAAUGGCAGAGCAUUGUGGUUAUGACGGAGGAACCGGAGGUCAGCCCGGCUUAUUUGAUCAGCGAGGCCAUGCGGCGGAGUCGGAUGUCGCUCUACUGUUAGUAUCUUGCUGCUCGCCUUCCAUGCUGGGGGCAAAUGAUUGGUCGGAACGCUUUGAAGGCACUAGCUGUUCUUAAUUCCACCACCAGUAUGUUUGGUGCUGUCAGGUUUGUAUUGUUGCUGUUACUGACUGGAUCAUCUCCCAAUACCCUGAAAACUAACAUCAUAAGCAAUCGUACCUUUAUUUAUAAAGACGCCUUUUCCCGUCGGAACGCUUGCAUCACCCGGUUCAAAGACGAACUCCUGCUUCUGUUCAGGGAUGCUGCAUCUCUGCUACUCACACUGGUCUACACCAGGGGUGUCCAAACUGCAGUUUUUAUUGGUCCAUGGCACAUUCUAAAAAUACAAUUAGACAAGAAAACUUAAAAAGAAGCAAAAUGUUGGAAUCUGACAAGAACAAAAAGUCUGAAUAAAGUCAAAAUAUGAAGAGGCAAAAAAACAACAAUUUUAAAAGCAUAAUGUUGAAUUGUUAAAUUUUUUAUGAGAAAUUACUUUUACAAGAAUAAUUGGGGGAAUCAUAAGUAGAAAUCUUAAUGAAAAAAAAAUGCAAGUGUAUAUGAAAAACCAAAAAAAACCCUUAAACAGUGAAUAUUGGGAUUGGGAUAAGGUUAUAAUAAAAACAUAAUAUUAUGAGAAUAAAGUAAUAAUAUUAUUUAAUAUUAUAAUUUAUAUUUAAUUAUAAUAUGAGAAUAAAGUAAUAAUAUUUGUCAAUAGUAUCAUUAACAUUUAAUUAUAAUAUUAUGAGAAUAAAGUCAUAAUAUUAUUUAAUAUUAUCAUUAACAUUUAUAAUGUUAUGACAAUAAAGUCAUAAUAUUAUUUAAUAUAAUCAUUAUUUAAUUAUAAUAUGAGAAUAAAGUCAUAAUAUUAUAAUUAAUAUUUAUUAUAAUAUUAUGAGAAUAAAGUCAUAAUAUUAUGAGAGAGAAAAGCAGCCAAGAUGGAAACAUUAACCAAAAAAAUGCUAAAUCUAAGAAGCGUUUUUGGACACCCUUGGUGUACACAACCAAGUCUGCCAAGGAGGAAGAAAACUUCUUCCAAAUAAAAGUACCCUGCUGCUUUCAUCUUGCUAUCAUAUGAUGGACUUUCCAGGUUUACCAAGUGAAUGUUUAAAAAAAAAUGUGUUGGCAGCUUGUGUCUCUGUUUGCGCUAUUAUGUGUCCUUUGUUUGCGUAAUAUAAGAGAAAAAAUAUCCUCGUCUUUGCUGCCAGAACGUAACAACAGCCUGUCAAUGUGAACACAAAGAGCGGAACCUCCAAGGCAGAACAUAAUCUGUUCCAAGAGGGCGGUUGACUUGUUCCAAUCAAUUGGAAAUUGAAGGCUAAAUCUGGAUUAAAUAUAUAACAAUAUAAAGGGAAGUGUUAGAAAACCAUAAAUAAAAGAAAGUAAACUGUCAAUAUUUAACCCAUAAGAACCCAGACCCAAGUAAAUUGAAGGCAACAACAUGCGCUAAGUAGCAUUUUUGCUAUUGUUCCUUUCCAUAGCAAUUUUAAGACAACAAACCCAAAAGCUAAUUUGUUUUAUACUAAUUGUCCAUUUGAAUUGUAAUAUUUUACACUUUAUUAAAGCAUUAGAAUUGAUCGGAGGCUUUAAUAUGACCUUUUAAUGUUUAAUUUGGAAACUAGCUACUUUACCUGACAGGCAGCCAUUUUGGGGAAGACAUAUCCUUGCAUAGUCACAUGACUGUCAGUUUCAACCACUCCAAAAUUAUCUGACAUGCAGCCAUUUUGGGGAGCACAUAGCUUAGCAUACUCAAAUGUACUGCAAAAUACUUCUUAAACGUCACUUGAUAACUUAAAAGAGUUAAAGUCAAGCACAAUGACCUAUUUUAGACCAUUGCGUUGCUCUGAAAUUACCUUAUAAUGUAUAAAAAAUAUAUAUAUGGAAAUUAGCUGGCUUAUCGGACAUGCAGCCAUUUUAGGGAGCACACAGCUUAGCAUACUCAAAUGUCACAUGACAGCCACUGCAAAAUGCUUCUUAAAUGUCACUUGAUAACUUAAAAGAGUUAAAGCCAAGUACAAUGACCUAUUUUAGACCAUUG